AUGAUUAACCUUAUUGUAAAAGACAUCCUUCCUGCUCUCAAGUCUGGCAAUACAGAAGAAGCUACUUCUUCCUGUGACACCCUUGAUGAAGGAAAACGUCAUUUAUGCGAUACACUUGAGCCACUUGGAAAACUUCGUAUCCUAGCUCUCUGGAUCCACAGAAGUCCUCAACGCAGGCAGACAUGGAACAGUAGUUGUAAGCGCAUGAAUCUGUCUGAUAAAUUCAUUGAUUACGACGUUGAUACACGAUGGAAUUCUAUUUCCAGAGUACUAAGCGACGCUUUGAAGUCAAGGACCCAGCUUGAAGAGUUCGUCCACUAUGAGACAGAUUUCCUUCCCUUCUAA